AUGGUUCCACCAAGUGAAUCCAUGAGUGCCCAAGCACAAGAGCAACUCCGACUGCCAUCUUCCGAAUCUUCCAUUCCAGAGUUGUCCCGUUGGGACAGCCACCCCAUCAGGACGGAAAAGCACUCCUCAGCGCAAACGCCAGACUGCCCUCGACGCUCCUCGAGUUUUGAUGGUAUCACCGAAUGCGAGUCCUUCCAUACCGAGACGACCACCGAAUCAAGAGAAGAUAGUAGGAGAAAACUCGACCUUCAAGUCUUUCCCCCCAGGCGUCCCACAAGACGAUCCAGCGCCGUUGGAGAUUGCUCCUUUCACGACAACGAUACCUCCAGCUCAUGCGGUCCUUCGGACUUGUCGGUAUCAUCAAUGGCUUCCGACGCCACUCCUUCCACCGGAUCUUCUUCGGCUCUUUCUUUGGAUUCACUGCUUGUCGAUAUCUCGCCGCUUUCGAGAAGCAACGAAAACAGUCCUUGUAGAUGGUCCAAUUCUGUUCCUGGGACAUCCUUUCAAGAACAUUCCAUGAAAGUCCAAUCAGACCGACUGAGUCGCCCCUGCAUUGACCUGACCCCGAAGAGCUGGAUGACUCCACCAUCUCUGCCAAAAACACUCGAAUACGACACCGAGUCCCUCGACCAAGAGCUCGCCAGGAUCAAGACCGUGUACUCAUCCAGCAAGAAGCAACGACACAGCUCGUGGCCGCCUCUGACGAUUACAAAUUCGCCUAAGGAGGUAAUAGCAGAUCUUCUGCCAGCAUCAAUAGAGCUAUGA